UCCUUAUGCAUAGCUGUUUCAUAUACUUACUUUGUGCAGUUGCAUUAAAUGAGCCUUGGGUUUACUUUUCAAUAUAAGAAGAAACAGUCUUGAAUCAGGAAGUUUGAAUGACUUUGAGGCCUGAUUCCAGCUUUUGUAAGGACGGUCAGUCAUUCGAGCGCAGAGCCCUGUGCAGGUGAGAUGGAGGAAGCGUACACUGAACUUUAUCAGCAGUUUCUUCGCCUCAGGUCAUUGUGCCUCAAACAGGCAGCUCUGCUUCAUCAGCUCACAACAGCUCUGCAGAAACAGCAAGGUGUCUCUGCUCCUGAAGUAGAUGUGACCGAUCUGAUUUCCAUUCCUGUCCAGUGCUCCUAUGAGAUCCCUGCAUGCCUGUACGAAAAGCCUCAACCACUAACAUCUAAAGGACCAGACCCCGCACAGCCAUGUGGGGCUGAUCACUCUUCCAGAAAUGUUGGCUGUGCUUCUGGUAUCCUUGCUGAAGGCAUGUCGAAGCUCAGCGUGGACAUGCCUUGUCAGAGAAAGCAGGAUGCGAAGAUGGAGAUGUUGAACCCAUUCAUGUUCAAUCUGGAGUCCUCAAAAUACCAUGGAGCUUCUUCCUGCAAAACAAAGCCUUCAGAACAAAAUGGUCCUGGUGACAACAGAGCUCAAUACACAGUGAAGAUGCCGAUGACUGAUGGAGGCCUCCUGAACCUGUCUGGAGUAGGUAUGAUGUCCGAUGUGGCGCUGCACUCACACAUUUGUGAGUUCUGCCAAGCCGUUUUUCCUGGAGACUCAACCACACGAGGAGAAUUUCUACGACAUCUUUACACCCAUGUUACAUAGACCAAAAAUAUACAGUGCCGUGAAAAAGUAUUUGCCCCUUAUAGAUUCCUUCUGUUUUUAAGUUUUUGUCGCACCUACAUGUUUUAGAUCAUUAAACUAGAUUUAAUAUCAGAUAAAGACUUCUAUCGGUCAGUGCCAUAAUCAAUGGAACCAUGAAUUUUUCUCUGUAGCAUAAGGUCCAGCCAUCAAUUCUUUAAGCUCAAGCACACUUGGGUUAUGAAGCAAGAUUAUGAUCCAAAGCACACAGGCAAUUUCUCCUCUGAUGAAGAUUUUGGAGGCACUUAGUCAAAAUCCAAACUUAAAUCUGAUGCUGUGAGGUGACCUUAAACAGAUCAUACAUGCUCUACAACUGAAUUACAAUAAUUUUGCAAACAAGAGCGUGCCAAUCUUCCUUCAAAGUGAUGUAAAAGAGUCUUUGACACAAACUCUUGAUGACACUUGUCGCCAAGGGUGGAAAAGCCAGUUGGUUUAGCUUUUUUUCUCUGAUAUAUUAAAUCAUAAUUUGAAAGCUGUAUUUUGUAUCUUGUCAGGUUAUCGUCAUCUGAUAUUGAAAUUUAGUUGAUGAUUUGAAACAUUUCACUGUGACGAACAAAAGAAAUCUGUAGGGGGGCAAAUACUUUUUCACUGUACUGUAAUUUGUCUCUUACUGACAUUUGACUUGACUGUGAUGGUGCAUUUACAGCACUGGUAACAAAACCUCUAGGAAAUGUGUCAUUGGGUGCUCUUUAUUUUUUUUUAAUCGUCAGUUGAUUUUUGUGUCUAUAGUGGGAAAUGAAUAGCAACAGGUUUUAAAGGAUUAGCUGGAUGUGAAUGUCUUUUGAAGUGUCUCACCCAGGGUUUCUUUUGUCUUUCAAUGUGUGUUAAUAAAUUUUGAAUGCAACAAAAAUCCAAGGACAUUUGGAAACAGAAUCAUCUGCAUUAAUAAAAAUAUUAAUAAAAAAAAAAUGUUUAUCUCUGUUAUA